AGGAAAUGUAGACAUUUCUAAAUCAGACAGAUUUUUUUUAGCUUUUAUUUGUCCUCUUUGCGCUAAUUUUACCGGUCGAAAUUAUGCAAACGUGGAGUCUCGUAUCAAUUUCCGUGUUGCUCGGCGUUGUUGUGAGAUGGGGCGUUUCGUUAAACUCAUAUUCAGGGGCGGGGAAACCUCCCAUGUUUGGCGACUAUGAAGCUCAAAGGCACUGGCAAGAGGUGACCUACAACCUCCCUGUCAAGGAAUGGUACUUUAACACCACUGAGAAUGACUUGAACUACUGGGGCCUUGACUAUCCACCUCUGACUGCCUACCACAGCCUGAUCUGUGCCUUUAUAGCCAAGACAAUAAACCCUGAAUGGGUGGAGCUCCACAAAUCCAGAGGUUAUGAAAGCCCAGCACACAAGUUAUUCAUGAGAGCUACAGUCCUGGUGGCAGAUUUGUUAAUAUACAUCCCUGCGGUGGUUUUAUACUGUUUAUACCUCACUGAUGGUUCUUCAAGAAAAAAGGUUUCCACUUUGUUCUGCUUCCUUCUCUACCCAGGCCUAAUUCUCAUAGACUAUGGGCAUUUCCAGUACAAUGCAGUGAGUUUGGGCUUUGCCCUGUGGGGAGUUCUGGCUCUGGGUCUGGGCUGGGACGUGUUUGGCUCUGUGGCCUUCUGCCUGGCUCUCAACUACAAACAGAUGGAGCUGUACCAUGCUCUGCCUUUCUUCUGCUACCUGCUGGGGAAGAGUGUCAAACUGGGCCUGAUGGGGCGAGGGCUUUUCCUGUUGGUGAGAAUUGCUUCUACAGUGUUGGUGACUUUUGCCCUCUGCUGGCUGCCCUUCCUGUCCGACCCCAGUCAGGCCAUGCAGGUGGUCAGGAGGAUUUUUCCCGUGGCUCGCGGUCUGUUUGAGGAUAAGGUGGCCAACACAUGGUGCAGCUUGAACACCCUGAUAAAGAUCAGAUCCAUUCUGUCCAGUGACUCCCAGAUCUGCCUCAGUUUAGCCUGCACUCUCCUGGCAGUGCUACCUUCCAGCGUCAGACUCCUGACCAAGCCCACUUUCUGGCAGUUUAAACUGGCUUUGGCCAAUUCAUCUCUGGCGUUUUUCCUCUUCUCCUAUCAAGUCCACGAAAAGUCCAUCCUCUUGGCUGCCUUGCCUGCCUGCCUCCUGCUGAAUGACCUCCCUUUGAUGGGUAUUUGGUUCCUGCAGGUGUCUACAUUCAGCAUGCUGCCUCUGCUUCUGAAGGACGGCCUACUGGUGCCUUAUGUCGUGACCUCGUUGGCCUUCCUCUUCUUCAGCAUCUAUCUACUGUCUGCACUGGAGCACUGUUCAGAGGAAGAGCUGAGACUGGGAACCUACCGAAAACUGUUCUUCUGCCUACCCAAACGGAAUCUGGCCUGGAUUGUAAGAUGGAAGUUCUACAUCAGUGUCGCAGCCAUGGCUGGUCUGAGUGUCGUGACUGUAGCUCUGGAUCCUCCAUCACAUCUACCUGACUUGUUUCCCGUGCUGGUGUCUACUACUGCUUUCGUGCACUUCUUGGGAACCUUUGUACAUUUCAACAUUGUCCAGUUUAGCGAGCCACCCAACAGAAAGAGCCAGAAGAAGAACAACUGAACGAUGCCAAAGGAUGUGAUAUAUACUGUACGACCAGUUUUUUUCUUCGCUACCAUUAUCAUUAUAAAUAUCAUUAUACUACAAAUUUGCAACUCAGAGGAGCUGUGACAUCAAAAGGAAAGGGUAGCCACAUUUCACCAGUUUGGACCAAAUAAAUUAAUGAACUCAGUUCCCCCGUUACCAAAACUCAAUCUGAGUGACCAAGUAGAGCUGGGUGAUAAAGAGAAAAUCAAAUAUCAUGAUAUUUUUUGACCAAAUGCCUCAAUAUGGAUAUUACAAGGAUAUUAUAGGGUUAACUAUUGGUGUUUUCAAUAUUACAAAUACCACAACAGCUAAAACGAUCAGAUCACUUUACUGUAAAGCAGCCUUUAAAACCAGGAAAAGACAGCACUUGUAGAAUUGCGAUAUCCCAGAUUUAAGACAAUAUCUAGUCAUAUCGAUAGUAACAAUACAUUGUACAACCUUAUUACAAAGCGUCUUUACUUGAAUCAUUUUUCGCUUGGACCAAUGACACUUCACUCUUCAAACUACAUCAUUGCUGGCUAAUCACACAAGUGCAAAUGGACAAGCAGUGUGAAGCCAACACGUUUGACCUUAGACAGCUCUGUGUUUGUAUGGUAAAGCUACAGGAGGUGACCACAAUAAUAGGAACACCUGUUGUAAGGUUCAGUUAUUCGUAAGACCAUGGGGAGAGGUGUUGAUUUCAUUUUGUGUUCAUUUUUAAACUAAAGUUGGUGAUGGUGCAAGACUUAAUGAUAUUGUUGUGUGUUCCUGUCAUUUUGUACCACCUCUGGGUAUUGUGAUUAAAACACAUACUGAAUGGGACUGGACUCAGGUCAACAGUGACAGUUGAUCAUUAUUCACAUGAACUUUUUUUUUUUUUACGGUUUUCUACUGUAUAUUUUUAUCCAUCAUUGAAGUUCUUUUGUACAAACUUAGUUUUUGUGAAAAUAAAUAAAAUUCUCAAUGACUUAAA